UGACGUGGCUGCUAUAUGCACCAGCUGAUCGCAGCAGUAAUCAGUUCGGUCAUUACUGUCACUUUCUGAUGAAAAUCCGCAAGCACAGCAGCAACGGGUCACGCGCUACUGACAGGCCGCGGGAAAGUGCCGCGCGUGCAGCGGACACUGUUUGUUUUGUUUGACAGACUGCUCAGUGUCGAGGCCUACCUACGAUGCUAAGCUAACCAGCUAGCUGUCACCAUUCAUGUAAACAAGUGGUGAAGGCAGUAGACGGUCAGGGUUAGCCCCUCUCAGCCGGACGGUGAGGACAGUGCGACCGGCCUACACUCCUCCAUGUUGAGCUAAUGUCUGUUCUGGUUGUCGGAAGCCUAUGACAGUGACUUUCAGCAGCGCUCCCGGACAGCUACAAGAUGUGGAUAAAGCUGUUCUUCUUGCUCUUGUAUUUUAUGGUGUUGUUUAUGCUAGCGAGGCUCUUUGAGGCAGUGGUCUGGUAUGAGACUGGGAUGUUCUCCACCCACCUGGUGGACCCCGUGAGCCUCAGCUACAAGAAGCUGAAGACCAUCCUGGAGAGCAGGGGGCUGCCUUACUCCGGCCUGGCCGAGAAGAAGGAUGUCAGCGAGCUGGUAGAGAAAUCAGGUAAGGGAGAGCUGACACAUGGAGAGCUGUACUCAGCCAUGAAGAAGGAGAAGGAGCAGACGGAGGCAGGAGACGGCAGCACCAUCUUCAGUGGAGAGAUGCACUUCUAUGAGUUAGUGGAGGACACUAAAGAUGGGAUAUGGCUGGUGCAGGUCAUUGCCAAGGACCGGGAGGCCCUGCUCAGUCAGUCUAACUGGGGGAAGAUGGUGCAGAAAGUGUCUCAGUUUGGGAUCAGAACUGGAACCUUCAACUGCUCUAAUGACUACAGGUCCUGUAUCAAGCGUGGCUGGCAGCGCUCCACUCUCAUCAUGUCCGUUCCUCAGACUUCAGCAUCAAAGGGCAAAGUCAUGCUUAAAGAAUACAAUGGCCGUCGCAUUGAACCUGAACACAUCUUCCGCUGGAUGACCUCACAUGUGGCUCAUCGAAUCAAAACACUGCAUCAGUCUGAGCAGCUGUUGGAGGAGUGGCGCUCUGACCCCGCCCACCCGGUGAAGAUGUUCCUGUUCGCCUGCCUGCCCCAGCCCCCCGCCUUCUUCUCUGCGCUGUCCGUCAAGUUUACUGGAAGGAUCGAGUUUGUUUUUGUGGACGUACAUCACUGGGAAAACCACAGCAGCCUAUCAGAGAUAGAUGUGACACAGAGCCCCGCCUACAUUCUCAAGAUGCCUGAGGGCAUCUAUCGCUAUGGCAGCAGUAUCGGGGAGUUCCUGUCCCUGGCUGCUAUGGAUACGUUCCUGCGCGGGGUCCAGCCGGAGGUCAACGAUCUGUUUGUCCUCAGUCUGGUCCUGAUUAACCUGCUGGCCUGGAUGGACCUCUUCAUUACACAGGGAGCAACCGUGAAAAGAUUUGUAGUUCUUAUCCGAACACUUGGAACAUACAACUCUAUACUGCUGGGGUCCUGGCUUCCUGUUCUGGCUCUCCUCCAGCUGCCCUACCUGGACUCUCUGUACGGUUACAGUCUGAAGCUGCUCCGGUAUGCUGACACCACCACCCUGGCCAGCCUGGUGAGAGCUGACUGGACCUUCUACUGCUCCCACCCAGCCCUCUUCCUGUCCACCUACCUGGCUCACGGCCUGCUCGUCGACUACUUUGAAAAGAAACGCCGCUGUGGCAUGAGGAGCCAAGAGGACAGCACCACAAACCUGGAGUGGCUGUCCAAUCUGUGGGACUGGUACACUUCCUAUCUGCUCCACCCAAUCGCAGCGCUGCAGCAGGUCCCAUCUGACUACUCAGACUGGGAGGUCGACCCCAACUUUUUAUUAGAGCGUUUGGCUUUCCCUGAUCUCUGGCUGCGCCCAUUAGUAAACAUGGAGUAUAUUGACACCCUGCCAACCUGGAGGUUCAGAGCUGCUGGUCCGGACAGAGGAGGGGGGGGGGGUGUAAAGCUGGAUGAAGAGACAGAUAGUUCACAUUCAGACACAGAGAGCAUGAAGCAGUUGGAUGCAGUUCCCAUCAGAUCUCCAAACAGCAGCAAGAAACACGAGAGCUCAUUGAGCAGUCAGGACAGCGGUAAACAUUUGUGUGUGCACACAAACACAGACCCCAGCAGUAGCUGUGAGUGUGUGUGUGCUGCUGCAUCACCACUCUGCUGUCGUCAUGGGAACAGAAGCUCACCAUUAGCUGACAGUACGGUGGAGGACGGCAGCCUGACAUCCGAAGACAUCUCCAACUAUCAGCACUGUGAUUGGUCGGUGUGGCCCCGUGACGUCCUGCAGUGUCUGGAGUGUGUGGUGUGUCUGGAGAACUUUGUGAGUGAGGAGCUGCUGAUGGCCCUGCCCUGCGGCCACGUGUUCCACCAGCAGUGCAUCGUGGUGUGGCUGGCCUCCGGCAGACACUGCUGCCCGGUGUGUCGCUGGCCCAGCUACAAGAAGAAGCUGCAGAGGGCUGCAAUCAGAAGCUCCACGGGAAACACCCUGCAGGACUGAUGCAUACGUCUUACUUAGGGCUGUGUAUCGAUGUUAAAUUGAUCAGCCUAGAUAUUGUCUUACAUUUUGGCUAUGGUAAUAUCUUAUAUCGUAAUAUAUAUAAGUGUGUUUUCCUAGUUUUGAAGGCUCUAUUACAGUGAAUGGAUGUCAUUCUAUGAACUAAAAAGAGAUUUCAGCUGUUUACUUUACCCACUUAAUCAUUAUAACCUCAUUAUUUAUCAAAAAUGUCAUUGUGUAAAUCAUUUGUGAAGGCCCCAAUAGUCAACAGUAAAAACAAAAUUCGAUUUUGAAAUAUUUGGUGAAAAAUAAGGUGAUAUUUGUUUUUCUUCAUAUGGCCCAGCUCUGCUUCAUGUGUCCUCUCUGCUCUCAUUGUUCAUUGGCUCAGAGCUCACUGAGACUGUGUCUGAUAUUAUAACAGGUUGCUUUUGGUAAAGUUGGGACCGGGAAGGCUUACUUAGAUAUUUUUAAACUGGACCUUUUUUCACAUGUCAUAAUGACCAACGGGCCUAAUAUUUUUGAAAUCGGUUCAGUAUUGAGAGGGAGUGCUGCAGCCAGCAGUCGCUAAACGAACUCCAAUUUACGUCCAAGAAUGCUUGCUCCUGCCACGGAAAGGCCUGAUUGUAAUAUAAAAGAUUGACUACAUCAUGAACAGGACCCUCUAGAGAAAAAAAGCUAAGGGAGAAGUCUUCUUCUGAAAUCUUGUGUUGCAUUUGCAUUAUGGAAAUCAGCUAAAUAUUCUGCCAUUACAUGUCAAAUCAACACUUUGCUAAGCUCUUUGUACUUCAACACAUCUGAUAACCUUGGCUUGACACCAGCUUUCAGCCAGUGUCUUCUAGCAACAAGUCACAUGACUCAAUAACAAACAGACCAGAGAAGCAAAAUGUAGAACUAAACAUUGUAUUUCUCUUACUAUAAUGUUGUCUGACACUUAUCGAGCGAUUACAUUGCAGACUGUUAUUGUCAAAACAUGUUGUCCCCAUUAAUACAUAUAAACAUGGGGACACUGGGUCCAGGUUGGAAAGUAGAGAAGUUAAAAAGACAGGUGGCGGGAUCCUGUUGUCAUAAAGCCAUAAAUCAGCUUGCUUCUCCUAAUGUUGGAGGCAAUAUACUGGCCGCUAUUAGCAGACAGUGAAACUAUGACAGCCCACUCGCCAUGGGUUCUUUAUCCAGAGUAAACAAGCACACUUUGUAGUAACUGAAUCACAAGACAAUUGUACGAACUACGUCCUGUGUUAUGACUGACUGCAACUGCAAACACUUCCAUGCUGAAUGUAUGUGUUUAACAUUUCUGAAGGUAUUGACAUCACCAUACUGGCAACUCCCCAGAAUCUUAAUUUCUGUAUAAGUAUUUAUUUUGAAUGUGCUUAAACAAGUUUCCUGCCCUCCACCUA